AUGCAGCCUCUGUCAAUCAACAGUUCCAUCACACUCCACAACUCAAACAAGCUUCCGCAGCUUGGGUUUGGGGUCUAUCUUUCGCCUGCUAGUAUCUGCACGCAGUCAUGCUUGACCGCACUGGAGAAUGGCUACCGGCAUAUCGACACUGCCCAGUACUACGAAAACGAGGCCGAGGUUGGCUUAGCUGUAAAGCAGUCUGGCCUGCGUCGCCAAGAUGUCUUUUUGACGACCAAGAUCCUUUAUCCAGGUGGGUCGGAGGAUCUCAGCUACGAAAAGUGCGUGGAUAGCGUGCGCAAACUGGACCCUGAGCAUGGGUACGUGGACUUGUUCUUGAUUCACAGCCCCAAUUGCGGCGGGGAGCAGAAUCGAAAGGAAAUGUGGAAGGCUCUAGAGAGGCUCUAUGAAGAAGGGAAAGCAAAGAGCAUCGGAGUCAGCAAUUUUGGCAUCAAGCAUAUCGAGGAGCUCCGAAAAUUUGCCAAGGUCUGGCCACCUCACGUAAACCAAAUCGAGUUGCAUCCAUGGUCCCAGCAACGAGAAAUUGUCGACUACUGCCGUAGCCAUGGCAUCGCAGUAGAGGCAUACUCUCCUUUGGUGCGCAACCAGAAAGCGCAAGACAGCACACUUGCGCGUAUUGCUGAGAAGCACCACGUGGCCUCCAGCCAGGUGCUUAUUCGGUACUGCCUGCAAAAGGGCUGGAUUCCUCUGCCCAAGAGCGAUAAUACUGGGAGGAUCAAAGCCAACGCCGACGUGUUCGAUUUCUCCCUCGACGACGAGGACAUGGAAAUCCUGGAUAACUUGAAUCAAGGAGCUGCUGGGGCAAUUGUAGAGGCGGUGGCGAACUAG